AUGGACGUACUAAUUACAAACUCCAAAAAAGAAUCAAAGUUAUCGCCUAUCGGUCAGGCAUUAAUAUAUACUACAGGAGGGCUUGCUAUUGGAGUUAGUGUUGUUUGUAUUUCGUUUGUUUCCCCAGCUUUAAGAAAGUUUUGUUUGCCGUUUGUGCCAGCAACAACCACACAAUUAACUGGUGUAUCCAAAGCUUUAGCAAACCAUCACGGAAAACUGCUGGAUGUAGGAUCUGGUGAUGGUAGAAUUGUGUUUACUGCAGCCAAAUUGGGGUUUAAAGCAGAAGGAGUUGAACUGAAUCCUUGGCUCGUAUAUUACUCAAGAUUAGCAGCUUUAUUGAAACCAGAGUUCUAUGGCACAAAAUUUUACAGACAAAAUUUAUGGACUUUUAAUUUGAAGCCAUAUGAUGUAAUAGUAAUUUUUGGAGUGGAACAAAUGAUGGAAGAUUUUGAAUAUAAAUUGUUAAAAGAAGUUAACCCUGAUACAGUAGUAGUUGCUUGCAGAUUCCCAUUACCUAAUAUGACACCAAUUGAAAUUAUAGGUCAUGGUGUUGAUACUGUAUGGAAAUAUGUAAUAAAAAGAUAA